AUGAGAAGGAGGUUUGAAGACAUUACAGCUACCACUGGGUCCAGCAUAGCCUCUGACUCUUCAUCCAUCCCAACCACCACUGUGACCAGCACAGCCUCAAACUCUUCAUCUUCCCCGACCACCAGUAGGACCAGCACAGCCUCUGUGUCUACAUCCACCCCGAUAACCACUGUGUCCAGCACAGCCUCAGACUCUUCAUCCACCUCAACCCCCACUAGAACCAGCAUAGCUUCCAGCUCUGGCUUGAGCACGGCCCACAGUAACCCUAUACUGACAGUUUCAACUGGAACACAUAUCACCUCCAGUCACACUGGGACUCCGGGGAUGGAGGUGAAGCCCAGUGGGUCUCUGAAGCCCUGGGAAAUCUUUCUCAUCACCCUGGCUUCUGUGGUCAUGGUCACGGGACUCUGUGCUGGGCUCUUCAUUUAUGUGAGAAGAUAUCUGUCUCUGAGAAAUGCUGUUGAUGGAAUAUUCUACAACCCCCACAACUCUCACCUUGGUCCUGGAGGAUCCCAUAUGACUCCGGGGAGCCCUACUUCUUCCUGGAGGAGACCAGUAGUAACCUCUGAGGUCAUAGAAAUGAAUGGGCUAUGA